ACGACUUCGGAGUGAUGGCUGCGCUGCUAGCGGAUGGGGUAAGAAUAAUUUUUGGUGAGUUUUUAGUGGCUUUAAAAAAUAAGUACCAGUACCAGGAGAUUCUAAAAAAAUUUAAUCAUCCGUCAUCAGUGCACUUGCGUGUGAACGAUCUUUGCACUGCGCGAAACUAGGAAACAAAUUUGUAAUUGAUCGAAGUUUCAUUUACGCUGGUGGCGUCAGAGGGGAAUAAAGCAUGAGCAAGGAAGACGGAGGCAGUCCACUUAUAUGUCCCUUGAAAACGGAUCCCAAAAAAUACGUGCAGGUCGCUAUUGUGUCCUGGGGCAUCAAGUGUGGUAGCGAUCUAUACUCGGAGUUUAUUACGACAGUAUCUUGCAUGUAUGUUCUUGAAUUGAUGAACAACUUAUAUUAUUGCACGAUUUGGACAACUCUAUUUACGAACAUCAGCAAUAGAAACGACCUAUGAAGUAGUGAAUGAGUAUUUUACGGUUUAUAAAUAAUAUGGAUUUCAAACAUCAACAUGGAAUAUUUUUUUUAUGACAUAAUAUCUAAUUCGCAUAUUUAAAUUUGUUAUC